CGCACGCACUACAACGCAAAUAGCUUCAGCAACCACGACUCGAUACAUCAGGCACCGCACCCGCGGAACCACCUCUGGCCUGCCCUGCUUAUGUGAUAUCCGCCUUGCUGUCGGGAAAUGCUCGGUUCGCGAGCUUGAGCGUUGCGUUGCGUUGCGUUGCGUGGCUCCGACAAUCCGCCCGCCCACCACGGCCCGAUCUCCAAUCGCUUAGAGGGCGGCUAGGUACUAGCUAUUAGUGCUGUAGACUGACGAAAGAUACCGACUGCAAAUCCUCGUCCUCCUCCGUCGCCGCUUCAUGUGCAGACGAUAGCGUUCGAGACCGACCGACCGACCGACGCGAACCUAGCUCGCCCACCAUGACGGACUCGCUGCACAACGCGCCUAUUGUGCUCGACAACGGGUCCGGCACCAUCCGAGCUGGCUUCGCCGGGGACGACGUCCCAAAAUGCCACUUUCCCUCGUUCGUCGGGAGGCCGAAGCAUCUGCGUGUCCUGGCCGGCGCGCUAGAGGGCGAUGUCUUCAUCGGCCAGAAGGCCGCCACCGAGCUGCGCGGCCUGCUCAAGAUCCGCUACCCUCUCGAGCACGGCAUUGUGACGGACUGGGACGACAUGGAGAAGAUAUGGGCAUAUGUCUACGACGAAGGGUUAAAGACUCUUAGUGAAGAGCACCCCGUCCUUCUCACCGAGCCGCCCCUCAACCCGCGCUCCAACCGUGACACGGCGGCCCAGAUCCUCUUCGAGACGUUCAACGUCCCGGCACUAUACACGUCGAUCCAGGCCGUCUUGUCAUUAUACGCUAGCGGCCGGACGACAGGGCUGGUGCUGGACGCCGGCGACGGGGUGUCGCACGCCGUCCCCGUCUACCAAGGGUUUACAGUGCCCAACAGCAUCCGGAGGAUCGACGUGGCCGGCCGCGACGUGACCGAGUACAUGCAGACGCUGCUGCGCAAGAGCGGCUACAUCUUCCACACAAGCGCCGAGAAGGAGGUGGUGCGGCUGAUAAAGGAGGCCGUCACCUACGUCGCGAGGGACCCGAAGAAGGAAGAAAAGGAAUGGGCGGCCGCCAAGAUGGAGCAGGACAAGGUCGCCGAGUACGUACUGCCAGACGGGAACAAGUUGAAGAUUGGGGCUGAGAGGUUCCGGGCGCCCGAGAUCCUAUUCGACCCGGAGAUCAUCGGCCUCGAGUACCCCGGCGUGCAUCAAAUAGUAGUUGACUCGAUCAACCGGACCGACCUCGACCUCCGCAAGGACUUGUACUCCAACAUUGUGCUGUCGGGCGGCAGCACGCUGACCAGGGGCUUUGGAGACCGGCUGCUGACCGAGGUACAGCGCCUCGCCGUCAAGGACAUGAGGAUAAAGAUCUUUGCGCCGCCCGAGCGCAAGUACUCGACCUGGAUUGGCGGCAGCAUUCUCGCCGGUCUGAGUACCUUUAGAAAGAUGUGGGUCAGCAUCGACGACUGGCACGAGAACCCAGACAUUAUCCACACGAAAUUCACUUGAGAGUCUGCUGCUAGUGAAUGGAAAGCCAAGCAGCCUGUCAGACGGGCCAAGGUUCUUGUCACUCGCGAUUUUCUGUUUUCGCUGCUACCAAUCGCGAUGGGAAAAUCUCAUCGGGGCGGAACCAGCUGCGGGGACAGGUAGGAUGGAUGGCAAGCUAGCGCUGAUACCCUACAGCCUUUCUAAUUAAGCAUGAAAAGGGGGGCGGGGGUGGUGUGAAGACUACUUAUGACU